AUGAGGAAGUUUUUGGUUCCUAGAACAAGUAUUGAGAAAGUGAAUGUUAAGCAACCGAAAGUCGAAGUAGAAGAAACACCCCCUAAUGUGGCCAACGAGUUUAAUCCAAGUGAGAUUGUGCGUGAUCCAGGAUGUAGGAAACAAAUUCAUGAGUAUGCUCCGGAUAUUCAAGACCAACCGACCGGGAGGGCCGGACACUUUGGUUAUGAAGUCUUCAACAAAGACGGGUUUAAAGAUUGGAAGCAUGCAUCUAAAGGCUUUAAAGAUCAUAUUGGUAGUCAUGAUAGUAAGCACAACUCAUGUGUGAAGCACUAUGAUGAUUAUAAUAAUCAAAGACAAAGUGUGACAAGUAUCUUUGCUAGAGCAACUAGGGAAUCAGAAGAAUUGUAUAAGAUCCGUUUAACUUGUUCUUUAGAUUGCACUAGAUAUAUCUUAGCACAAGGCAUUGUUUUUUGUGUCCAUGAUGAAAGCUCUACUUCUCUAAACAAGGGAAAUUUUAGAGAGAUGGUGGAUUGGGUAAAAUCUAAUGAUGAAAAAGUAAGAGAUGCUUUUGAUCAUGGUCCAAAAAAUUGCACUAUGACUUCCGGUGACAUUCAAAAGGAGCUUGCAACGUGUUGUGCACAUGAAGUUACCAAGGUGAUUAUGGAAGAGCUUGGUGAUGGACAAUUCUCUGUGCUUAUUGAUGAGUCACGUGAUAUAUCUGUCAAAGAACAAAUGACGGUGAUGUUGAGGUUCUUGAACGACAAAGGGAAAGUUGUGGAACGAUUUAUUGCUCUACAUCAUGUCAAAUAUACUACAUCUGAGGCACUAAAGGAUGCUCUUUAUGGUAUUCUCGAUCGUCAUACGUUAUCUAUUUCAAGGAUACGAGGGCAAGGAUAUGACGGAGCUUCAAAUAUGAGAGGUGAGUUUAAUGGUUUACAAAGAAAGAUUCUAGAUGAAAACCCUUAUGCUUUCUAUGUCCAUUGUUAUGCUCACCGUUUACAAUUGGUGGUUGUGUCUGUUGCUAGUAGUUGCUCAUAUAUUCAUGAUUUCUUUGAGUACAUCUCCUUGAUUAUAACCACAACAAGUGCACCUUGCAAGAGAAAGGAUGCUUUGAAGGAGGCACAACACCAAGAUAUUUUGAAUAAACUUGAGAGUGGUGAGAUAUCUCAAGGAAAGGGCUUGCACCAAUCAUCUAGUCUUGCUAGACCCGGAGAUACUAGAUGGGGUUCACAUUAUACUACCUUGAUUCGUUUGUAUAAGAUGUGGUCCUCCCUAUUAGAGUUAAAGCUCGACUGGCUAUAUUGA